UGAUCAGUAGCAGCUGCAGAGAUCACUUUCUUCCACUUUGUAGUACUAGAACAACGGCCGCCAUGUUCUUUAGCAUCUUCGUCGUCUGCUGUCUCUUUGCCGGCGCUUCGGGACGAAGUGUGCCAGGUACCGAGAACUAUCCAGACUACCUGACCACCGCAGGCAACUACCAACUGACCACAGGCGACUCUUCCUCACAGUAUCUCACCACACAAAAAUACCCCAGGUCCGCAGAUUUCCUCACUACACAGGGCAACUAUCAACCACCAACAGGAGACUAUCCCAAACCCGUAGAGUACCUGACCACACAGAGCAGCAAUGAACCAACAAGAAACAUAGAAGUAAAUUAUCCCACCACAGCUGACUACGUCCCUAAUGGCGACCUUUAUGAGAUGACCACAACAGUAGCCCCAAGUGCUUCAGAAUUUCUGACCACACGCACCUAUCCAAGUUCAAUGACCACCACAGGCAGAUCUCAACCAACCACCAGCGAUUAUCCCUCACAGUACCUGACCACAAAGGGCAGCUAUGAACCAACAGAAGCAAACACAGAAAGUAUGUAUCCCACCACUGCUGACUACGUCUCCAAUGGCGAUUUUUUCGGGUAUCUGACCACACGCAAAUAUCAGAAGUCUCCAGAAUACUUGACCACAGCUGGGAGAUAUCAAUCAACCACAGGUAACUAUUCCCCACAGUACCUAACCACAGAAGGACCACAGUACAUGACCACGCGCAAAAAUCCCAUGUCACCAGAGUACUUGACCACAGAAGGCCCACAAUACCUGACCACAGCACGCUCACAAUACCUGACCACUGAAGGCCCACAAUACCUGACCACAGCACGCUCACAAUACCUUACCACUGAAGGCCCACAAUAUCUGACCACACAAGGCUCACAAUAUCCUACUACAGCACGCUCACAAUACCUGACCACUGAAGGCCCACAAUAUCUGACCACAAAAGGCCCACAAUAUCCUACCACAGCACGCUCAGAAUACUUGACCACUGAAGGCCCACAAUAUCCUACCACAGCACGCUCAGAAUACUUGACCACUGAAGGCCCACAAUAUCCUACCACAGCACGCUUACAAUACCUGACCACUGAAGGCCCACAAUAUCCUACCACAGCACGCUCACAAUACCUGACCACAAAAGGCUCACAGUACUUGACCACAGCACGCUCACAAUACCUGACCACAGCAAGCCCACAGUACCUGACCACAGCAAGCCCACAGUAACUGACCAAAGCAGAGAGCUACCAAAGAACUACGGAUGCUUAUUCCCCACAGUAAAUGGCCACACUCAAAUAUCACAGCUCAACCAAGUAACAGACCACACACAGCAACUACCCAGAAGCCACGGACUCCAAUUCUAGAAAGACGUAAAGAAACUACCCAACAACAUCAACUGAUUCUCUCUAGGAUUAAUUUUACAACCACCAGGCCCUCAGCCUGACUGCGUCCCAGUAAACGACAUCUAAAACUUUCUCGAAGCCACAUAAAGAAAUUACACACCUCUACUGACAACACGUCCACCGGCGACUUAAAAACCAAAAAUGGAACACAGAUGUCACAGAUCUACCUAGACGUUUCAACAGCAACAAAAAAUACCUACCUGUAUUUUAGCCUCUGAGAAAGGCAAAUACUUUUGUUUUCUCAAAGAAAAAAGUUACUUUCAGAGAAGAAAGACAGAAACAACUACCCAAAAUAUGGAUAGUUCUUCCAAUUCGUUCAACGAAACACCGACCCACCCACCCCCUCCUUUUUUUCUCCCUAAUGUCAUGUGCCAGUUGCUAAUUCCGAAUAAAAAAUGCAAAUCUGA